AUGGUCAGUGUCAAAUUCAAAGAACUUGUCAGCAGAACUACCAUCCAGGCAAAGGAAUUGUUUAUUGCACUUGUAACAAGCAUAGAUGCUGUUGUGUGCAGUGAAGUCGCUAGUCUUUCUCGCUACGGGGAUAUCACAUACCACCAUGUAAGUCGUCAAGAGCUUAUUGAUGAACUCGAUCAGGAUGACAGCGCCUUUGUUGACCACUUAAGCGGGAAGCAAACUUUACCACCAGACAUCGAUAUAGCUGUUGCACUCAAGGGCAAGGAUAAGACCCGUAUGAGAUCCCACGAACGCAAGGAACUAAAAUGUGCUUUCUUUCGAGUAAAAGCUCCUCAACUCAAACCGCCCUUGACAUGCACUGCAGAUACGCUGGAUUUUGCCUUUACUCUUCUCCACUUCCUUCUUGUUUUUCCUCAAACCUUACUUUGCCUUUCUGCUGCAACGGAAUUCCCGGUCCGUGCCUUUCAAGUCCCAGAAUUAUCUAGAGACAGCAACCCUCUCUUCCCCGUUGGCCUCUUUCGCAUACCUCUUACACCACGUACGACUGGGCAGCUGUUAGUUAAAGAAUGUCACCACCAGAUCUUUACAGCGUCCAUUUGCUCCUCUAGGCAGUGUACUUAUUUCGCUGCACAAGCCGGCUGA